AUGAAUAUGUUGGAUGAUGAAGAUGACCAAAGCAUUCACGCUACGCGUGACGGCUACUCCCAUUUGAGCGAUGUCGAAUGGGAUGCGGUUGAACGAAUGGGUUCAACCAUGGGCAUCCAUGCUGUUAGCGUCAUGCUAGAGGCUAUCGAUGUAGAUGCUCAACAUGCUACUAUCGCCAAGUUCAUUCAAAAUGAACUUGACGCUGAACGCGAGAAAGUCGCCUUGCUUCACCAACAAGGUUCUCAGCAAUCAGAGUUGUCGAGAGAACAGGGUGCAUAA